UCGUCAUUACCAGCAAAGAAAAACGACCGGGCAAUACUUAUUAGCCCGCCCAUAACUUCCAAACUUCCAAAGUGUUUGAAGUUUGCCUACUCGAUGUACGGAAAAACAACAGGUUCCCUGGAAGUCAAAUUGAGAUAUAAUGGGAAGCACUUAAGCAAAUUUUACAAACAUGGUGAUAAAGGAAAUUUUUGGCACACUGCCGCUGUUACUUUUAAUUAUCCCUUGGCGGGCUAUCAGGUGGAGAUUAUUGCCACAGUCGGUCAGUCAGGCUUCUCUGACAUCGCCAUUGAUGACGUUUAUCUUGACUCUGGAAAGUGCUCCUGUCAGGAUCAGUAUGUAAAAUGUGUCAAGUGGGCAAGAAAAGGAGAAUGCCAGAAGAACAAAAAAUGGAUGUCAGACCAUUGUCAAAGAAGCUGUAAGAUAUGCAAUGAUCAAACGUCUGUUACCACACCCAAUAAAAAGUGUAUAGACACCAACAAGGUUCAAUGCCCGCUUUGGGCAAAGAAUGGAGAAUGCAGCAAAAACAAGGCUUGGAUGCUUAAAAAUUGUUCAAAAAGCUGCAAGAUUUGUCAAGGAGCACCUUGCACUGACAAGAACACCAGUUGUAAAGCAUGGGCUAAGUUGGGAGAGUGCAAAAAGAAUCCUGCAUACAUGAAACUAAAAUGUAAAAAAUCAUGUGGAUUGUGUCAGUAGUGAUCACACAAAAKAUCAAAGCAUCAAAUGCCUGACAAUAAAUUUCUGGACCAGACGCAACAGUUCAUAUACACAUGCGCCAUUUACUCUCUAUAACACUCGACGCCCAAAGAAUACAAUAUUGUUGUAAAGUAAAAAACAAUAUGGAAUAAAACUGAAAAUAUC